GGAAUGAACGGAGUCCCGCCUCCAGUUCUCUUUAUACAUCCAUGCCUGAAACCAGAGAGCCGGUGGGAGGAAGGGAAGCGGCUGUUGUACCCCUGGCUACUAUCGUUAUUAGAAACCGUUACCGCUGUCAUUUCCCCAAGGAAGUAAAUAGGGGACGUUUAUUCUCAACUGACGUUCUCCAUCUUUGAAGGAAACCGAGAGGUGUGAAGUAAUGAGAGUGGGGGAGAGAAGGAGGCAGGACUCCCAGUAGAACAUUGGCAGCAAAGUUGAAGGCCAAGCAAAGAUGCUGGAGGCGGAUGAAGACGCAGCAGGUGCAGCAGAAGAGAGAGAGGAGGCCGAGAUGGGGAGCGGAGACUAUACGUCUGAGAUGAGGCGGCUGAAUCUGGAGCUCCAGGAGGCCACGGAGGAGAAGCUCCAGGCAGCGCGCUAUGGCCUGGAGGUGCUGGAGGAAAACUCUGCUCUGAAGAUGAAGCACAGGCAGCUGGAAGAGGAGCACGAAGUCCUCAAAGGGGAGCUGCAGCAACUCAGAGCGGCAUUUUCAGAUUCUGUGAGCAGCCAGAAGCGUGCAGCUGCUGAUGGAGAGUGUCGGGAGGAGAACCUGAUGCAGGAGACGGCCACUAUGGAGGCCGCCUUGACAACUCGCAUGGAUGAAGUCCAGGCAGAGCUCAAACAAGCACGCCUUGCUCUGAGCAAUGCACAUGCAGAGAUCGAUAGACUGGGGGUGGUCUCCACCCAGCUGAAGAAGGGGUCAAAUGUGAAAAUCCUGAGGGCAGUAGGAGUGAAGUAUCCCAUGACCCCGGGGCAGCAGCAGACCUACGCUCGUUCCCAGAGUCCGUCCAUGCCAGCUUUCUGUGGGCCACAACAGAUUAGAGCAACAUAA